UCAGCCAGAGCAAAAACCAACCAAGAAGCCAGCCACACAUCGAUCGAGACGAGUUGAUCUCAGCUCAACGACGACCUCACCCCUCGAAGGUCCCCAGCAGCAAGCACGCAUGCUGCACCAGCACCAGCACCAUUACCAUGGAGGAGUGGCUAGCCUCCACAGCUACCUCUCGAAUCCGGACCAGGCAUUCCACGCUCACUACUACCACCACAGCAACAUCAUCGCCACGCCGCUGCCGCCCACUCCGUCGUUCCACCACCUCUGGCCUUCUACGGCCCAAACCUUCGAACAACCCGUCGUCCACGAAGCUCCGGCGGCCGUCGCCGCCGGCAACAGCCCAGCCGGGUCCGGCAGUGCCGAUGACGGCGGCGGCGGCGGCACGGCGGAGGCUGAGCGGAGGCGGCGGAGGAUGGCCUCCAACCGGGAGUCCGCCCGGAGGUCGCGCAUGCGCAAGCAGCGCCAGCUCACCGAGCUGUGGGCGCAGGUCGUCCACCUCCGCGGCGCCAACCGCCGCCUCCUCGACGAGCUGAACCGCGCCGUGAGGGGCUGCAGCGACAUGCGCCGCGAGAAGGCCCGGCUCCAGAAGGAGAAGACCGAUCUCGGUACCAAGCUCCAGCGCCUCACCCAGCCGCAGAACGCCGCCCUGCCAAGCUCCUCCUCGGAGCCGCAACCGCAACACGACGCCGCUACUGAAUAAAUUCAUUCUUAUCUUCGCAUUUUAGCUUCCAUAUAUACGGUGCUUCUGUUACUAUAGUAUACGAAAUAAAAUAUGUUUUCACAGGUUGUUUCUCCGCUUCA